AAGGCAGUGAUUACUCACUCCCAGAGCGGAUGCUCUGUUGCUAUGGCAUGGGUGGGGGGAGUUACUUUGAAUUCGCCUCUCCCCUUGGUGUUUUUAACUUAGCAAGCCUGAAGUCUGCUCACUUCACCCCGCAAAUCGGUCACAACCAGUCUCCAAGCAGCAGGGGAAAUAAGCUUCCCGUGUGACAAGGAUGGGAGGCGCAGAGCCAGGCGCCCUCCCUGCCAGCGAGAGUAGUACAGUCCGAGGGGGAGGCUCUUUGGAGAAUGUACAGUCUGUGAUCUGGCAGCCAGCUGAUUCUAGCAUUCAGGGGGCUUAGAUGGAGCGAAGACGGCUGAGGUGGAGGAGCAGGUUCUGCUGACAAGGGUUUGUGCAGCGCCUUGGAAAUCUGGGACAAAUCGCUCCUUUCUGUUGUUUGGAAGUGCAAGUCAGCGCCGCUGUUUAAGUUUCGGCGACAGGAGCGUGCAGCAUCUGGAAGAGUCUCCGCAGCUCUGCAGGCAGCCUGCCCCAGAGGAAGCUGCUGAGAGCGGGGAUCCGAUGGUUCACUUUUAACCACAUCCGUGCCUCAGCUAGAAAUAUUUACAGGCGUUUGUCACCGUUUCCCUCCAUUUUGAAAAGAAUCCCCUGGCAGCCGGAGCUGGGAAAACUGCUCUCAUGGCGUUUAGCCCCUGGCAGAUCCUCUCCCCAGUCCAGUGGGCCAAGUGGACGUGGUCUGCUGUGCGAGGGGGGGGUGCUGGAGACGGUGAGGAUGGUGGGGUAGAGCGAGAGAUAGAGGAGGACGACUCACAGGCAGAGACCAAAUCAUUGAGUUUCAGCUCGGAUUCCGAAGGCAAUUUUGAGACCCCUGAAGCAGAAACUCCAAUCCGGUCACCUGUAAAGGAGAUCUGUGACCCAUCGCUGGGAUUGGAUGCAACCGAGGCCAGGACCCAAGAAUUACGUGAAGAUGAUGAACAGCUGGUAGCUGAAAUUUCAGAGACAUAUGUACCCCAGAAACACUCAGAGGAUGAAGUGCAAUCGCCUCUUGCAGAUCUUCAAGCCGACAAGAAUUCUAAAGCAGAAACUGACUGCAAACUUGAUGAAGAUUCAUCAGUGACACAAGUUGCACCAGAAACGGAGCCGCCUUUGGAUAUUUCUUCGGCACUCACAAAAGAAACCGAUUCUCCAUCUUCAGUAGUGUCGGCUCCAGACCAGACUUUACCAUCCAAUGUACCCACAGCUACCCAAGAGUGGGUGAUGUCAGAAGAAGACAUGGUGGUCACUCUUGAAGGGUUGGCUGAUGCUGAGCCAAAGGCUGAAACUUUUGCCCUGGAGUCAGUGCCAAGCAAGAGCAAGCUCAAGAAAGUGAAACCAUCUUCUCUUAGGAAGAAAACAGCUGGAGAGACCCCUGAAACAGAAACAGCCACGGAGGGCAUCCCUGUCCCCAAAGCAUCUUACCAGUUCAAUCCAGCUGAGUAUGAUGAGAAAAUAAACCCCUUCGUGAUGGGAGGGUCCAAAAUACAGAACUCUCCUCCUGCUGCUCAGCAAACCUUCAUGGCUUCAAACAGCGACACCAAUGAUUCCGGGGUGGAGUUGGCUGAGGAGUCUCGGAGCCAUGCUCUGAAGCUGGAAUUUGAUUUUACGGAUGGGGCGGAGAAUGGAGAGGUCAAGAAAGCCUUGCCAAAGAAAAUUGGCAGGAAACCUGCCAGCAAACUAACUCCUAAACGACAAAGAGAAGCUGCUAAUAAACCUAUGAGUGCUGAUGGCCUGGAAAAGGCUCCAGCAGAGGUGCCUCUCCCCAAAGCUUUGUACCCGGUGGAUCCCAGUCAGUGGGACGACCCUAACUUCAACCCUUUUGGCAGCAGCUCGAACUUGCAGAACUCCCCACCCCUCCCAAAGGCUUCCUAUCAUUUUGACCCCAACAACUUUGACACAGUGGAUCCUUUUAAACCCACCAAGAGCUUAGCCAGCACAACUGCUGACUCCUGCCCCACAGCUGAUAACAAUCUCAAUGAAAUUCUGGAGUCUCAGACCCUGGAGGUUCAGGGCGAGGAGCUGACAAUAGGCAAAGCCUCUCCGAAGAAGGCCAAGUCGCGCUUGAUAACGAGUGGCUGCAAGGUGAAGAAAUAUGAGAUGCAAUCCCUGGUCCUGGAUGUUUGCACUCAGGAUGAAGGAGCAUUGAUCUCAAAAAUCCCAGAUGGCUAUGAGUACUUGAAAAUACCUUGUCACUGCCAAGGUCAGGAGCCAGGAGCCGAGGGGAGUGAUGUGAAUGGCACCUGUCAAGGACAAAGGCACAUUGCGGCAUGGCCACAAAAGCGUUGUUCCCCGCUUUGCUCUGAGUGCAGCAGAAGGGAAGCCCUGCAGGGGUUUGAAAAAGAGACAUCCAAACAGAAGGAGAAGGAUGGGCCCAGCAGCACCCAGGGCAAUUCUGGACUGUGCUCAAAGGACAAAGCCCCUGGGGCCAUGACGACCGGAGCGAGUGGAAGUGAAAGUCCUCUGGAAAGCAUUUGCCUCAGUGAAUCUGACAAAACAGCCGUGCUCACUUUAAUAAGAGAAGAGAUAAUCACUAAGGAGAUCGAAGCAAAUGAAUGGAAGAAAAAAUAUGAAGAGAGCCGACAAGAAGUCUUGGAAAUGAGGAAAAUCGUGGCUGAAUAUGAAAAGACCAUUGCCCAGAUGAUAGAAGAUGAACAGAGGACAAACAUGGCCUCCCAGAAGAGUCUGCAGCAGCUCACGAUGGAAAAGGAACAGGCCCUGGCAGACCUGAACUCCGUAGAAAGGUCCCUGUCGGAUCUGUUUCGGAGAUACGAGAACCUGAAGGGCAUUCUGGAAGGGUUUAAGAAGAAUGAAGAAGCUUUGAAAAAAUGUGCUCAGGAUUACUUAGCCCGGGUCAAACAGGAAGAGCAGCGGUAUCAAGCCCUAAAAAUCCAUGCAGAAGAAAAAUUAGACAAAGCCAAUGAAGAAAUUGCUCAGGUGCGCACAAAAGCAAAAGCUGAGAGUGCAGCUCUCCAUGCUGGGCUGCGCAAAGAGCAGAUGAAGGUGGAAUCACUGGAGAGAGCCCUCCAACAGAAGAACCAAGAAAUUGAAGAGUUGACCAAGAUCUGUGACGAGCUGAUUGCAAAGAUGGGAAAGACUGACUGAGUCUCGCCACCCUUUGUCCAACACUCUGCACUUGGCUGCUUUUUUUGUAACGUUGCGCACCUUGCCUUAGUCUCCAGGAAUAAUCUCCCCUGAGCAGAGAAAAGCACAUGCGCACAGCUGCCUGCCCCACUUGACUGCAGGAUCCCAUCACCCCAGAGGCAAAGCUGGCGUCCCAAAGGGUUCUAGUCUGAUCGUUUCAGAGGGUUUGCAGCCCCAGGUUUUUAGGGCUUAGCUCAGUUUCUCCCUAAUCCGUCAGGACAUGUGCAUUUCUUUUGGUGUCAUCAGCAGUCACAUGCCCACCCCUACAGACAGCACCUCAGUCAGGCCUGCGGACACUUUCUGGGGUCCCUUCCUGACAGCUAGAGAGCUGGUGUGAGUUGUACCC